CAGUUUGACCCUUCCCGCACACCGUACGUAACGCGGAAAUACAAUUGAUGCCCCUGUAGCACAUUUUCAGGGAUCUUCGUCUUUGUAAAUUGUCUAAUUUCGGUGGAUUCUUCAUAGCGUUGCCGAAAGGAGAUCUGCAUUUUUCAUAGUUGCAAUUCGAAAGAUAACUUGCAACCAUGUUCCUCACCCUCACCCUCCUGCGGAAAGGCAUCCCAGGGAAACAGUGGAUAGGAAAGCAUCGUCGACCACGACAGAUUACGUGGCAGAUGAGGCACAAUAUGUUGAAGCACCUGGAGCGCGAGGCUGAGAACGAAUACUGGAUCAGUAGGCCAUACAUGACCCCGGAGCAGGAGUACGGCCAUGCUGCAGAGCGCAGAGCCCAGAACUGGCUCAAGAUCAAGGAAGCGAAAUUUGCCAAGUUUCCUGAACAUAAGUACCAGAUGGGUCAUCUGAGUCAUCUGAAUAUCACAAAGACCUGGUCGAGUUAACAUGAGAAGGGAAAUGACAUCCAAAUACUCUUGUUGCAGUUUAAGUUUGCUUUGUGGACAAAGUAAUAUGUGAAGCUGCAUUUGUUAACAAUAUAUGGUUCAAUGUCCACCAGUGUAUUUCUUUUUUUCAUCCACAAAACCUGAAUUCACACCUGAAACCACACACAGUUUCAACAGAACUGUAAUAUCUCAGCAACUGUUUCAGAUAAAAGUCUCAUAACAUCA